UUCUGCGCAGGCGCGCAUCAUUCUUCAGAAUAAAGGACACGCCAGAAUUGUGUAGUCGAGACAACAACCUCUGCAUCCGUUUCAAAUAUAUUACUACUGGCCGACUCAGAUUAAGUCUGAGGCCGGUAACAUCAACAGUGAGGACAAACCCAGCCUGCCUCUCUCCUUCCACACCGAGUCAAACCUACAGUCACUGGGUCCUGAUUGUGACAGUGGAGCCCAGUUUGCACUGCAGGAUCCAGAGAUGGCAUCAGUGAAGCUGGAAGACUGCAGUCAAACACUGGAGCUGAAUGUCAACAUUAAAGAUGAAGAAGAGGAGGAGGAGAUUGGGACGUCUGUUUCUCAUGUAACAUCAACAGUGAGGACAAACCCAGCCCUCCUCUCUCCUUCCACACUGAGUCCAAACCUACAGUUACUGGGUCCUGAUUGUGACAGUGGAGCCCAGUUUGCACUGCAGGGUCCAGAGAUGGCGUCAGUGAAGCUGGAAGACUGCAGUCAAACACUGGAGCUGAAUGUCAACAUUAAAGAUGAAGAAGAGGAGGAGAAGAUUGGGAAAUCUGUUAAUCAUGGUAUGAGGCCGGUAACAUCAACAGUGAGGACAAUCCCAGCCUGCCUUUCUCCUUCCACACUGAGUUCAAACCUACAGUCACUGGGUCCUGAUUGUGACAGUGGAGCCCAGUUUGCACUGCAGGAUCCAGAAAUGGCAUCAGUGAAGCUGGAAGACUGCAGUCAAACACUGGAGUUGAAUGUCAACAUUAAAGAUGAAGAAGAAGAGGAGGAGAAGAUUAGGACAACUGUUAGUCAUGGUAUAAGGCCGGUAACAUCAACAGAGAGGACAAACCCAGCUCUCCUCUCUCCUUCCACACUGAGUCCAAACCUACAGUCACUGGGUCCUGAUUGUGACAGUGGAGCCCAGUUUGCACUGCAGGAUCCAGAGAUGGCAUCAGUGAAGCUGGAAGACUGCAGUCAAACACUGGAGCUGAAUGUCAACAUUAAAGAUGAAGAAGAGGAGGAGAAGAUUGGAAUAUCUGUUUCUCAUGGUAUGAGGCCGGUAACAUCAACAGUGAGGACAAACCCAGCCUGCCUCUCUCCUUCCACACUGAGUCCAAACCUACAGUCACUGGGUCCUGAUUGUGACAGUGGAGCCCAGUUUGCACUGCAGGAUCCAGAGAUGGCAUCAGUGAAGCUGGAGGACUGCAGUCAAACACUGGAGCUAAAUGCCAACAUUAAAGAUGAAGAAGGGGAGGAGAAGAUUGGGAAAUCUGUUAAUCAUGCCUAGUGGUUAGAGCAUUGGGACAGUAACCGAAAGGUUGCUGGAUCGAAUCCCCGAAGACCAGGUAAUAAUCUGUUCUGCCCCUGAGCAAGGCAGUUAACCCACUGUUCCCCGGGUGCCGAAGACGUGGAUGUCGAUUAUGGCAGCCCUCCGCACCUCUCUGAUUCGGAAGACACAUUUCAGUUGAAUGCAUUCAGUUGUACAACUGACGCGGUAUCCCCUCUCCCAUUCGGAAAGUAUUUAGACUCCUUGACUUUUUCCACGUUUGGUUACGUUACAGCCUUAUUCUAAAUUGGAUUAAAUAAACAAUGUUCCUUAUCAAUCUACACACAAUGCCCCAUAAUGACAAAGCAAACACAGGUUUUUAAAAAUGUUUUCACAUUAAUAAAAAAAACAGAUACCUUAUUAAGACUCUUUGCUAUGAUACUCGACAUUGAGCUCAUGUGAAUCCUGUUUCCGUUUAUCUACUUUGAGAUGUUUUUUAUAUAUAUAUAUAUAUAUAUAUAUGCACAUUAUCGAACAAAACAAAUGUAUUGUGUAACAUGAUGUUAUAUGACUCAUCUGAUGAAGAAUUUCAAAGGUUAGUGAUUAAUUCUAUUUCUUUUUGGGGGUUUUGUGCAAGCUACCUGUGCUGUGAAAGAAAUGUCUGUGCUUUUUUGUAUUUGGAGGUGAGCUAACAAAUAUAUGUGGUGUUUUCGCUGUAAAACAUUAAAAAAAUCAGACUUGUUGGCUGGAUUCACGAGGUGUUUAUCUUUCAUUUGCUGUAUUGGACUUGUUAACCUUUUCUCAAUAGGGGGUGCUGUUUUCACUUUAUACAAAUUUAGUUCCCAAAUUAGACUGCCUCGUACUCAAUUCUUGCUCGUACAAUAUGCAUAUUAUUAUUACUAUUGGAUAGAAAACACUCUAGUUUCUAAAACCGUUUGAAUUAUAUCUGUGAGUAAAACAGAACUCAAGUUGGAGCAAUUUUCCUGUGAGAAAUCUGAAAUAAGGCAGGCUGUUCUGGGGUCAGUUUUUUAAUUUGCAUGUCUUCUAUUGGUCGAGAUGCACUGCAUACGCCUUCCCCUAGAUGUCAGCAAAUAGUGAGAAUUGGAAUGAAGUUGCUAGGCAGAUCUGAGGCCAUAUAAAUGGGCUGGGAACGUGGGGUCCAGUCUUUUCAUAAGUAUUUAUGAUGUUAACCUCUACUUACUCAGAAACCCGGGUCCGGGAGCACCCCCACCAGUAAAAAAGCUGAUUAGCAUAGCCUAGCAUAGCGUCACAAGUAAAUAGUAGCAUCUAAAUAUCAUUAAAUCACAAGUCCAAGACACCAGAUGAAAGAUACACUUCUUGUGAAUCCAGCAAUCAUUUCUGAUUUUUAAAAUGUUUUACAGGGAAGACACUAUGUAAACCUAUUAGCUAACCACGUUAGCAAAAGACCCCAUUUUUCUUACUCCACCAUUUUUAACUCCAUCAGUAGCUAUCACCAAUUCGACCAAAUAAAUAUAUAAAUAGCCACUAACCAAGAAAAAACUUCAUCAGAUGACAGUCUGAUAACAUUUAUUGUAUAGCAUAUGUUUUGUUAGAAAAGUGUGCAUAUUUCAGGUAUAAAUCAUAGUUUACCAUUGCAGCCACCAUUACAACUCUCCCCAAAGCGACUAGAAUAACUACAGAGAGCAACGUGUAUUACAUAAUUACUCAUCAUAAAACAUUUCUUAAAAAUACACAGCGUACAGCAAUUGAAAGACACAGAUCUUGUGAAUCCAGACCAUAUUUCAGAUUUUCAUAGUGUUUUACAGCGAAAACACAAUAUAGCGUUAUAUUAGCUUAGCACAGUAGCAAACCAAACAACAGCAUUGAUUCCAGCCAAAAAUAGCUAUAAAGUAUAAACCACCAAAAUAUAUUAAUUUUUUCACUAACCUUCUCAGAAUUCUUCAGAUGACAGUCCUGUAACAUCAUAUUACACAACUCGUAUAGAGUUUGUUCGGAAAUGUGCAUAUUUAGCGGCACAAAGCGUGCUUAUACAAUGAGAAAAGUUGCCAAGCUGCCCAGAAAAUGUCGGGCGCCAUCUUGGAGAGGCACCUAGUCUAAUCAAUAAAUAAUCAUAAACUUGACUAAAAAAUACAGGGUGGACAGCAAUUGAAAGACAAAUUAGUAAUUAAUGCAAUAGCUGAAUUACAUUUUUAAAAUUAACCUUACUGCGCAAUACAGGGUGCGAUAACGCAAUGCUACACGGCAAAUAAUGGCGUCUUAUGCAUUUUACUUUUUCAACAGAACAACGAAUUAUCAGCAUAAAUAGUUCUUACUAUUAGCUGAGCUCCCAUCAUAAUCUUGGGAAAGGUGUCCUUUGUCCAAAAGAAUCGUUGAUAGGUUGGAGAACGUCGUCUUCAGAGUUGCAAUUAGCAGUAAACAUUAGCACGAAAGAGAGAAAUACCCAAGUUCCUACAGCGCCAAGGAAAUAAAUACCCGAAAAUCGCAAUAUACUGACAUAAACUGAUAUAAUUCGGUUCAAAAUAACAAGAUUAUGAUGUCUUUAAAGCCUAUAUCGAAUAAAAACAUGACCGGAAUUAUCUAAGUAGCUAAAACCAGAGCUUCUACAACGACAUGGCAAGCUCCUCUUUGCGCCCAGUUGAAGAUCCAAAAGAAUGUCCACCGUGGUUCCAAUCAAUUUAUAACCUCUGGGAACUACGUAGAAACUCCAUUUCAAGUCUUCCUAUUUGCUGACACCCAGGGGAGGGCGUAUGCAGUGCAUCUCAACAAAUAGAGGACAGGCAUAUUAAUACACAGAUCUCAGAACAGUUUUGGAAAAAUCAGCAUUCUCAACUCUACAUAGGGAAAUUGCUCAAGUCCAGUUCUGUUUCACUUACAGACAUAAUUCAAACGGUUUUAGAAACUAGUGUUUUCUAUCCAAUAGUAAUAAUAAUAUGCAUAUUGUACGAGCAAGAAUUGAGUACGAGGCAGUCUAAUUUGGGAAUGAAAUUAUUACAAAGUGCAAACAGCACCCCCUAUUGAGAAAAGGUUUUAAGAUCAGAUGUUUCAUAGAUUACACCAUUUGCAGAAUGUCGGCCAAAAUCCAUCUCGUUCCAUCUUCUCCCACUGCCGGCCAGUGGGCUUCCUCUCACUACCAUAUUUGGUAGUGAGUGGAAACGCUAAGCGGAUGCUUCAUAUUUAUACAUCUUUUGAAAUAUCUGUCUCAUUGUUCUACCUGUGGCUGCACUGUGGAAGUUCAGGGCAGGAACACAACAUUCUUCAGUAUAAAGAAACGCCAGAACUGUUGUGAAGAAAAUAACCUUUUUGUCCGUUUCCAUGUAUUACUACAGGUAUGUAAUGGCACGUUUAAACUGUCUAAUAUCGAAAGAACAUGUCAUACCAUGCUAGGAAACAUCCAUUAACUUCUUAUUGCUGCAGGGGCAGUAUUGAGUAGAUUGGAUGAAAAGGUACCCAGUCCCAGUUACUAAUAUAUGCAUAUUAUUAUUAGUAUUGGAUAGAAAACACUCCGAAGUUUCUAAAACAGUUUGAAUGAUGUCUGUGAGUAUAACAGAACUCAUAUGGCAGGCAAAAACCUGAGAAAGAAAUCCAACUCGGAAGUGGGAAAUCUGAAGUUUGUAGGUUUUCAACUCAUCGUCUAUCGAAUACACAAUGGGAUAUGGGCCAGUUUGCACUUCCUACGGCUUCCACUAGAUGUCAACAGUCUUUAGAACCUUGUCUGAUGCUUCUACUGUGAGGUGGGGCCGAAGGAGAGGGGAAUGAGUAAGGUCUGCCAUGAGCUGACCAUGCGCGUUCACAUGAGAGGGAGCUCUGUUCCAUCGCACUUCUGAAGACAAUGGAAUUCUCCGGUUGGAACAUUAUUGAAGAUUUAUGUUACCCUGUUUGGGCUGCAAGGGGCAGUAUUGAGUAGCCAGAUAAAAGGUGCCCAUUUCAAACGGCCUCGUACUCAAUUAUUGCUCGUACAAUAUGCAUAUUAUUAUUACUAUUGGAUAGAAAACACUCUCUAGUUUCAAAAAUCGUUUGAAUUAUUUCUCUGAGUGAAACAGAACUCAUUCUGCAGCACACUUCCUGACCAGGAAGUGGAAAGUCUGAAACCGAGGCUCUCUUCUACCUCCUGCCUAUACAUGGUCAUGAGAUCUAUUAGUAUACAUGCAUGUCAUACACCUUCACCUGGAUGUCAAGAGGCUUUGAGAGAAGAAAUUAGGUGAUUAUCUUGGUCUGAGAUGUAACACAUCUUCUUGGAAUGACGUGUACCCCAUUUUCGGUACUCUGAAGUGCGCGACGUGGACAGUGGGAUUGCCUUCUCUUUAGCUACCCUAAUAGGCGAGUACUAUGUCCGGCUUUGAUUUUAUUUGAUACAUGUCACCAUAUCAUCGUAAAGUAUGUUUUUUUCAAUAUAGUUUCAUCAGAUUAUUGAACAUUUUUGGGGAGUUUUGCCGUGUUCCGUUCUCUUCCGUUUGUUUACAUGGAGAGAUUUGCGCCACUCGGCUAGUGUGCAUGCUAAAUGAAGAGGGAAAGUUGCCGUUCUAAAUCCAAACAACGACUGUUCUGGACAAAGGACACC